GCAGAACGGACGUGAUUUCCGUUGAACGUCGGUCAGUGACAAGAGCAAGUAACUGCUUUUUUAGCUAGCUAUGUAUAUAUUCUUUAUCAAAUGGUAGAACAAAACAAACGUUCAGUAAAACAACACAUUUGACUGCUAAUUAAGCGGAAGUGCUACAAGGCGAGCCGUUUCUGCGCAUGCGUGCCGCCAUAACUGGACAACCCCGGAAGCGUGUCAUUUGCUAAUGUGUGGAUGCUAAUUGGUAGACACAAACGUAGCGAUGUUCCGGAGGAAACUGACGGCUUUAGAUUACCACAAUCCGAGUGGCUUUGACUGCUCAGACGAGACGCAGCUGAGGAACUGCAUCGUGUGGCUGGAGGACCAGAAGAUUCGGCACUACAAAAUAGAAGACAGGGGCAAUCUGAGGAACAUCCCAAGCUCAGAUUGGCCCAAAGCUUACCACAAGGGGUCGCCUCAGCAAAUCAAUCGCUUCCAUCCAACCCUGUAUCAGGAACAGUCAGGACUACUACCUCACCUAGACGCUUCCAUACCUCCACAGUACCUGCAGGACUUGAACUGUCCGUUUGGACCUUCUGAGAGAGCGGAGGCUGUGGACUGGCUGCUGGGCCUGGCUGUGCGUUAUGAAUAUGGAGACAAUGUGAACAAGUACAGGAACUGUCAGCCACCUGACAUGUCCGGCGGCAUCCGGGCAGCGUCGGACCCUCUCGUCAACCUGGACAGUGACUCGCCGGACUUUAAAGCGGGCGUGGUCGCCCUGGCCAACAUCCUGAAGAUCCCACGUCACGACGACUACCUGGUGAUGCUCAAGGCCGUUCGCAUCCUCGUUCAGGAGAGACUUUCACCAGACGCCAUGGCCAAAGCCGACCAGAGUGGCGAGGGAGUCCCGGUGGCUUUAGACCAGCACAUCUUGGGCUUUGACACGGGAGACGCCACCUUAAACGAAGCGGCUCAGAUCUUGCGCCUCCUGCACAUCGAGGAGCUGCGGGAGCUUCAGACUAAGAUCAACGAAGCCAUCGUGGCGGUCCAGGCCGUCAUCGCUGACCCAAAGACGGACCACCGGUUAGGCAAAGUGGGCAGAUGAAGCUCGCCUCGGGACAAACACACACUUUGAAAGAUGAAAAUAAAAGCAAGUCAAGCAGCAAAUCUCAUUUUCUUCUUCUAAAU